AUGCGUCAGCUUCCCUAUGUCUCAAGUUCUGCUAAGGCCUCAUCUCUCUUCCACCCUGUGAUGAAAGUGGCCCACAAGAUUAUUGCUUCACUUGUCGUCUCUAGAGAAGAACGAAGUACCAUUAGCACCCUUGAGCGAUUCUAUGCUAUGGCCCACCCAGACGAUAAUCUCAUUUCUCACUAUGGCUCAUUCCUGACAGGAACCAUAAUUGGACCAUGGGUCAAAACCACGAUCCACGACUCCUCAUCACCCCGGAAAAUUAGGAUAUCCUUGCCCUCAGGUGACCCAACAAUUUCACCGACUGGAAAAUCACAUUGUAUCUCUUCCCCUAUUCCUUCUCCGAAGAAGAAGAGGAAGAUGCAGAGAGUGACGAGAGUGGCGGGGAGGCACCACAAAAUUCUCCUCCCAAGGGCGGUGCCAGCUCAUCCCAUCAGGCUGGACACCCAUCCUAUCACCAACAACAUAUGGAUCAAUUCCAAUCGAGCCAUACCCACCUCGACACUUACAAUCAAGAUCUCGCGAGCCUGA